GAAGAAUUUUUUUUCCGAAUCAUCGAUGUUCUUGGUGGUGUAUACUUUGGACUUAGUUUUCUAUGGGCUCUUUUAAAAGAGAUGGCAUUCUUCUCAAUAGAUUCGUCUUGUGCGCUAUGGCGCUUCCAUUUUUUAGGUUUGCGCGCGCGCGCCAGGGAUCUGUGCGAUGUGCCGCUCAAGAAGCGGCGCCACGAUCUCAUCUGGAAGAAGCAGCGCGUCCGUGUCGCCAAGGCGAGGCCAGAGAGCUACUGCUACGAUCGCCUCCUCCCUUGCCCUGGCGAUGAUCUCCCAGUGCGCAUCGAGCAUCUCUUCGUGGAAAAGAAUGGGAAUGUGGUGGAUUACCUUUGCCAGGCUUUGUCACUGCCAUCUCUAUAUGUGAAUGAUUUGAUCGAGUUUGGAGCUGUCUACCAUGCGCUGCGAUGCUCCGAGCCGCCCGAGACCGCUCCAAAGGAGCAUAUGGAGUUUUACAAGAGAGCUCUGGCUAUGGAUUUGCCUCGCGUGAAAGGAAUGUCGGUCCAGGAAUCACAAAAGGCUCGAAGAAUCGUGAGUAAGCACGAAGAAGUUGAGGCUGGCUCUUACAUGCGAGUACACGUCCAUCCCCGGCGUUUUCCCAGAUGCUAUGAAGUGGACUGGAAAUCCAGGAUCCUGGCCGAGAAUGAUCUCUUUGUGGUCUUGGACAAACCAGCUGGUGUGUCGGUUGGAGGCAGUGUUGAUAAUCUGGAGGAAUCGUGUGUCACUUUUGCAUCUCGAGCACUUGGCAUGGCGUUUCCUCUGCUCGUUACGCACCAGAUUGACAACUGCACUGAAGGAUGUGUCGUUCUUGCCAAGGAUAAGGAUUUCGUCUCGAACUUCAAUCGGCUGCUACGGAUUGGAAAAAAACAGACUAGAAAGGUGGACAAACGGUACCUUGUUCUGGCGGCUUCCCCAGUUCCGCUAGGAAUCGUGAGCCAUUACAUGCGACCGGAUCAUUUCGCUCCUCAUCUUUUAAGUCAAGACAAACGCCAAGGAUGGCACUUGUGCUCGAUGGAAGUCUUGCAAUGCCACCAAGUAGAAUGGCCGUCGGAGGCACGACUACGCGAGAAUGGUGUCAGCAAUUGCGAGUUGGAGCACGAUGGUCACGCUUACGAAUGCGAAGUAAAACUUCUCACCGGGAAAACACACCAGGUUCGAGCUCAAUUCGCUGCUCUAGGAGCUCCCAUUCUCGGCGACACGAUUUACAUCCCAGCUGCGAUUGCUCGUCGGCAAAACCGUGCGAUCGAUCCGGUUCUUCGAGACGAUGGCCAGUGGAGCGAAGAGCGAGAAGAGAGAUGGAUCCUUCACCAUGGAUCCAGCGCUCCCAAGCUAGCGAUCGGCCUCCAGGCAUCGUCCAUUUCGUGGAUUGGCGACACAACCAUCGAUAUCCUCCUGGUGGACGAAGAACCGAUUGAUCGAGAAAGCUCACAAAGUAACUUUAGUUUCCACGCAAGCAGUCCUUGGUGGAGAGCUACGUAAAACUUUUGCCACGGUAAUUAACUGUAUGGUAGAAUAUGAAUCCGUCGAUUUGAUGGAA